CUGCGGCCUGUGCUGCAGCUGCCGGGCACCGGGCCGAGUCAACCUGUUGUUUGGAGUUGCUGGAGGAGCAGCUGCAGCAGGAGGCGGGCAGCGGGGCCCGCACAACCCCCGCACGGCGCGGCCCAAGGCGCCUGCAGCAAGUUUGCGGCGCGCGUGGCCAGUGGCACAGUCUCCGGCCCGAGGCAGACAGCGCGCGGCGGGCGGGCGGCAGUCCGUCCGUCUAUCUGUUUGUCCGUCCAUCCCGGCAGAAGCUCCAACCGACUCCUUUGGUCCCCUGGCAGCGAAUUGGUCCCAAGGCAGCCGUUCCCGAUGCACCGGCUCGUGGUCCUGUGCGCCCUGGUGUGCUCCAACUUUUGCAGCGCACGGGACGCUUCGGCCGCUCCGCAGAGCGCAUCUCUGCGGGCGCUGCGCCACGCCAACCUUCGGCGCCACGAGAGCAAUCACCUCACAGACUUGUACCGGAAGGAUGAGACCAUCCAGGUGACAGGCAAUGGGCACCUGCAGAGUCCCCGCUUCCCCAGCACCUACCCGCGGAAUUUGCUCCUCACCUGGCGGCUCUACUCCCAGGAUCACACGAGGAUCCAGCUGGCCUUCGACAAUCAGUUUGGGCUGGAGGAAGCGGAAAAUGAGAUCUGCAGGUAUGAUUUUGUGGAAGUUGAAGAUGUCUCUGAGACAAGCACCGUACUCCAAGGACGCUGGUGUGGACACAAGGAAGUCCCUCCAAGGAUAACAUCAAGGACAAACCAAAUUAAAAUAACCUUCAAGUCUGAUGACUACUUUGUGGCUAAACCUGGCUUCAAGAUUUAUUAUUCUUUUGUGGAAGAUUUCCAACCCGUGGCUGCCUCAGAGACCAACUGGGAGUCAGUCACAAGUUCCAUCUCAGGGUUAUCCUAUCACUCUCCAGCAGUCACGGAUCCCACACUCAUGGCGGACAUGCUGGACAAAACAGUCUCACAGUUUGAUACAGUGGAAGAACUACUCAAGUACCUCAACCCAGAAUCAUGGCAGGACGACCUUGAAAAUCUGUUCUUGGACACCCCUCAUUAUCGAGGGCGAUCAUAUCAUGACAGGAUGUCAAAAGUGGACCUGGACCGACUCAACGACGAUGUGAAGCGUUAUAGCUGUACCCCCCGAAACUUUUCAGUCAGCCUGAGAGAGGAACUAAGGCUGAGCAAUGCUGUGUUCUUCCCUCGGUGCCUAUUGGUACAACGCUGCGGGGGCAAUUGUGGGUGUGGCACACCUGGAUGGAAGUCCUGCACCUGUUCUUCAGGGAAAACCGUGAAGAAGUACCAUGAGGUCUUAAAGUUUGAGCCUGGCCAUUUCAAGAGGCGAGGCCGAACCAGUAAGUACAUGGGCCUUGUUGACAUCCAGUUGGAGCACCACGAGCGAUGUGAUUGCAUCUGCAGCUCAAGACCACCUCGAUAAAAGUCUGUGCCUCUUUCAUUCUAAGCACAGCAGAACAUUGAGAGAGAAGGGUGUGAUAAGAAUCCCUUUCCUCAGCAGCAGCUGAAUUAUCUGGCCAAACAAUGAACGCAGUGGUUGCUGAGUUUCAACAUAGCUUUGUUAGCAUGGUGGCAAGUAUCAAGGCCUAUCACCAACUUGUCUAGCCAAAAAUAUAGGAUUGCAUUUAAUAAUAGCAUCUGAGGAUAUGUGUAUGUACCUAGAUAUAUCCAUAUACAUACCCAUGUCAAUGUGUAAAUAGAUGAAGUGGUUUAUUCUGUAUAUAUAUACAGGUGCAUCAAAGCCUUGGUGUGCUUGACCUUUAUCAUCUUUUCAUUACAUAAGGGCCAUACUAAAUAUAUUAAACAUAACUUUAGAAUAUUCAAAA